AUGUGUUCAGAAAGGCCACCUGCCAGUGCUGGACUACAGCUCCUAGAAUUUUGUCUGGCCUUGGAUUCUAAGGAUCCUCUCAUACUGUCUCUACUGUUAACAUGCAUUUCUGCAUUGUUGGUCUUCCUCAACAUGGUACCUGCUGAGUCUGCAACGAACUAUCUUCCAGGGGUUCUGGAUAAAAUAUUCAACGCUCUGGUGUUCGAAAUGCCUGUGGAGUCCAGGUCAUCUGAUUCUAUCAAGAACAUUCACCAUCACGCAGCCUCUUUGAUAGUAAAAAUGGCACAGAAGUAUUCACCGCUGCUGCUGCCCUUUUUUGAUAGGAUUAAAGAGCUUGUUACUGAUUUGGAGAAAAAGGCUGUGGCUACCAGCAUACUUGAAUUCACCAGCUUAAAAGAAGCCCUGCUGCUUAUCAACAACCAGUUCUGUGAUUACGAAAGACAAAGGGAGUUUGUGGGGGAGGUGUUGAGGCCAGUGGGGGAGCACUGGCGGGUGAUGACCUCUGAAGUGUUCACCUCUACAGAGGUGUUCAUGGCGUUCGUGGGACUCGACAAGCCUCCCGUCGAACCCAGUAAAAACGAUACAAAUUUCCACAACAGAUUUCAGAUCAUGUACACUGUUGAUGUCUUGAGUGCAGUGGUCAGACAUUGCACCUGGCCAGAUGACCCUGAACGAGCUCUGACAGGAGGGUUUGUUAUCGGAAGGACAGACUCAGGUGACCCUAUCUACCGCAACCCUGCCACACCCCACCUGCUGCCUCUACUGCCUGGAAUUCUAAAUCUCAUCAAAAUGUUCAACUCUCUGUGGACGCCUGAGGCCCAGGGGCGGGUUUAUCCACUGACUGUACAUACUCAGGAGGACUCCCUUUGGCACUCAAGUCUGGAGCUUGGAUCACCCACCUACAGUGAACAGCUACAGGCUGAGGCUCCAACCUCAUCUGGUCUUUCCUGCAGGCUCGAUAUACAUUGUGUCCCAAAUCGCUACUACACACGAGAGUUGUCCACCCCAUUCAUCGCCACUGCCGUCCUGGGGUGUCUGGUUUAUCACACAGACAUUGCCUACACUGGAUACGAGGGGGCCCAUGCCAUGCUGGAGGAGGACCGUAACAACCUGCUGGGUAUACCAUCGCGCUCAGACAUCAGGGACCACUAUAGACCGCAACCUUCACGUACAGCACUGCAUCGCAUGCAGUGCUUCCUGUCCAAAACAAAUGAAUGUUGCUACCAAAUACUGAGCCAUGCCUUCCCCUCACUCUCACAUGACCUCUACCACAUGCCUCACCUGGCUCAAUAUCUCAUAGACACUGUGAUGCACAACCUAGAGAACAUCCCAGACUACCGACUCAGAAUAUUAUUGAGGAGGUUCUUCAAGCCUUUUUUCGCCAGCUGUCCGUCCGACUGCUAUGACACUGUCCUAGUUCCUGUACUCGCUCGAUUUACUCCUUUCAUGUUUUUAAGGCUGGACACCAAAUGGCAGCACAUUAUUGAGCUUCAAGAUUCUGGUUCAACAAACAAGAAAUGCACAGAUGUUGAGGAGGUGUUAGAAGACAUGUUAAUCAGAGAGCUGACCAGGAAAUACCUGAAAGUGUUGAAGUUAGCUCUAAUCAAAGACUCAGUGAAGUCCAGUAACUCCGACUCCACCGCCAUGGAGCAGGACUGUGAAGACCAGAGGCCAGUUCACAGUUCUACCGAGGUCAUCAGCGAGCUAGGACUGCGUUUGCUGCAAUGUGACACAACCUGCCAAGCUGUCACACUGUGCCUUCUCAGUGCAUUGUCAUAUAAUGACUCAGAAAGCAGUGCAACAGCGGCAUGCCUGGUAGGGCCAGUCUUGAGCCAGCUGGUGGUAGGUGGAAUGAUGAAUGCCGAACUUGCUUCCAACUCCAUUACCUCAGUGCUACAGGGUCUGCAACUCCAUGCCCAGCAUGAAUAUAAUGAGUUCAGUCUCGUUAUGGUGGGUACGCAACUGUAUGAGCUGCUGCGUCCCCUGUACCCGCAAGUUCUGGAGUUGCAUGGCCUGAGCAUAGGACAGAUGUUCAAGAGGAAAGCUGCCAUGGAAGAGGCUCCAAGGACAUAG